AUGACGGCCUCAAUUGCCGUAGCCGAGCAGCUACUCGCCGUGUGUGUUGAGAAGAUGCGGGACGCUCUGCAGGCGACCCUGGAGGAUGCCUUGCCGGAGAGCGAGCUGGGCGCCAGCGCGCCUUCGAACACAGGGGACCUCGUCGCAUGGGGUGGGGCUCACGCGAACGACAUUCCUGACACGUUAAAGCAACGCCUGGAGUGGGAGCAGGGGGUUGAGCAGCAACGAGUGGGCUCGAUCGCCGCCGCGGUGCAACAUAGCUUUCAGCAGCUCAAAGCAGCGGUGGUAGAAUUGGGUGGGGGGGUCAACGCAAGUGGCGAAGUCAUAGAUGUGCUGGUGGCGGAGCUGGACUAUUCCAUUGAGCGGAUCUCUUCAGAGAGGAGUAGGUUGGGCAAACUGAUGGUGGAAUACUAUGGCGAGGCCGAGCGUUUGGCUGCAGCGAUUGAAGAGGAAAUACUGAGCAUCAAGGUGCCGUCCUUGAAGUAG